CUGCCGGGGGAAAUAGAUUUUACCAUUGUGUUAGUGUUGUUAUAUUCUAUACGUAGUUUUUUAAUCGCAUUAGAACAAUUGUUAGGAAAAGAGAUUUUCUUCAGUUACAGUUCGUAAUUAAAUUUCCUCAAAGAACAUCCAGACAAUGGGGGAGGUGGAGCGAGACCCUCCCACUAGAGUGUUAUUGAAUGAAGAAGAACUAGUUAAUCUUGAGAAGUCCCAGUUCCUUCAGCAUUGGGCAAAACAAGAAUCUUAUAUUAGUUGGCUAGAGUCACAACUAUCCUCUGCACAAAUUGCAUUGGCUCCAGUACGAGAAUUUGAGGAAAAGUUGAAACAUUCAAUUUCUUCUGAAUGUGGCCGAAGAGAAAGUUUUCUUUUAAUGCGUUUAAAUACUAAAGAACAAGAAAUUCAGGAUCUAAUAGUCCAAAUUCAUGAACUGAAAGCAUUACAAGCUGGUAGCUCAACAUCAUUGAGGUCAUCUCUGUUAGACCCUGCAGUCAAUGUACUGAUUCAACACCUUCGUGGGGAGCUUGAUAAGUCUAAAUCAGCAUUGGAGGAGACACAGAAUGAAUUGAGUGCGUGGAAGUUUACUCCAGACAGCAAUACAGGGAAACGAUUAAUGGCGAAAUGCAGACUCCUUUACCAAGAAAAUGAAGAAUUGGGAAGAAUGAUAUCCUCUGGCAGACUGGCAAAGCUUGAAGGUGAUCUAGCUCUGCAGAGAAAUUUUAGUGAAGAAAUGAAGAAAUCUCAGUCAGAAUUAGACGAGUUUUUACUGGAAUUGGAUGAAGAUGUUGAAGGCAUGCAGUCAACCAUUUACUUUCUGCAGCAACAACUACGCCAAACACGAGACCAAUUGUCUGCAGUUCAAAAGGAAAAUGAGCUCCUUCGUAAUACUGGUGUUCAUGCAGAUAGUGUCAUCCAAAUUGAAGCGCAUUUGCCAGAAAAUCUUGUCGACUUGGAUAAUUCGCUUAAUCAACGAAACGAAAUGGAUGAACCUUCAUAUCUCCAGCAGAAUACUACUGAUCUCCUCAGUAUUGUCGGUGAUCGGUGUAAUGGUCCUGUUCAACCAUCUUUUCCGAAUGAUUAGUUUAUACGCUUCUUUUUUACUAUUUAUCGAUCCUUCACUUUAAAAAAGUGAAGUAUUCGUUCGGUUUUCGUUCGAGUCUUUUAAGGGUUUCUAAUGGUUUAGUAUGAUCGUUUAUUAAGGUUUUUCGAAAUACUAUUUACCUUAUUAGUGAGCCUAAAUGGUGAAUAGUAUUUUCCUUACAAAAAAACAAGUUCCAGACUAAAUGGAUUUUGCGGUAAUAAACGUCUUCCUAUUAGAAUGUAUUAUGAUUUCCUUGAUUCAAAAGGAAGUAUAUGUUUAGACCGAGGCUGAAAGAUUACUCAGUGUUGCGGUGCAUUUUUUGCUCUCUUUCAAUUAAGAAAAAAAUAAAACCGUUUGCAAACUUGUA